UAAACUUCCCUUUCUCAAUCGCCCCAUUUCACCUAGAACAACCCUUUCCCAACAUUUCAUUUGUUCUGUAGUCUCCUCCCACUCUGUGUAUAUAACUUGAUGAAUCACUGUUCUUGAAAUCAUUGCAACCAGUCUCUCAAAUCCCUUUCCAGGGGAGCAAGGGAGACACCGAACACGCUGAGAACGAUAAAAAAAUAAAACCCACCAGGAAAAGGAGAGAGAGGUGAGUCUGCGCUGUCUUGGGACAUGCACACCAGCCUCAGGUGAUGGGAGAAAUCUCGCCAAGAGGAUGUGGCACGGUUGGUCCAUUUAGCUUAGUCUUGCCUAAGCUACAUGGACAGGCAACAACUGCCCAGGGGCUCUAACAGGAGUCCUUCUCAGGUCUACCUGAAGAUGCUGGCGAUUGACCCUUGGACCUCCUGCAUGCAAAGCAGAUGCUCUUAUCAUUGAGCUACAGCCCUUCCCUUAGUGUGGGUGGCAAGGAGAGGAAGCAGGAUUGGGGAGAAAUAAAUGGGGAUUGCAGAAAGGGAGAUGGAGAGACACCCUGCUUACUUUUGGCUCCAGCCCUGAUCACUGCUGGUGGCCCCUAGAAGAUUACCACUGAGGGAUUGCGGCCCUCCAGAGGAAGAAUAGGUUCCAACUCCCCUGCUCUUAACUUUCAAGCUAGCUGUCCUUCAAAACCAAAACUAGGCUUUAAAAUAAAAAAUUCUACUUCGCCUAUUCAGAGGUGUUAUGGGAACCACAAGUAGGAAGAGUGCUGUUGUGCUCAUGUCCUGUUUUUGAGCUUCCCAUGGGCAUCCUGAUCUAGAUGGGCCAAUCGACUGAUCCAACAGGACUCUUCUUCUGAAAUAGCGUGUUCUGUGUAUUCUACAAUUUCUGGGACGUUUCCCUUUCAGCUGCUGCAAUGGCCCCCCAUCUCCUUCCUUGGCUCUUGUGCCUCAUCCUUUCGCUGGUGGGACCCAGUUCAACUGCUGAAGAUGACUUGGUGGUGGUGACCAGCAGUGGCUCAGUCCGGGGGAAGCGUCUCCCGUCUGGCUCUGGCAACGUCACGGCCUUUUUAGGCAUCCCCUAUGCUGAGCCCCCAGUAGGCAAGCUGCGCUUCCAGAAGCCCGUUCCUCAUCAGCCAUGGAGCCAGGUCUUGGAGGCCACCAACUUCAGCAAUUCCUGCCCCCAGAUACUUAUUUCCGGCACUCCAGAUGCCGAAACAUGGACGGCCAACACGCCCCUCUCAGAGGACUGUCUCUACCUCAACGUCUGGGUGCCCCAUCCUCGGCCCUCCAAGCCAGCCGCUGUCCUUGUCUGGAUCUAUGGUGGGGCCUAUUUUAUUGGCACAAGCUCCCUAGUGAUAUACAAUGCGGAAUUCCUAGCUGCUGCCGAGAAUGUCAUUGUGGUCUCCAUGAAUUACCGCCUGGGGCCUCUAGGUUUCCUUUCGUUGCCACCAGCUGUCCCAGGGAACAUGGGCCUGAUGGACCAGCAGCUAGCCAUGUCUUGGGUGAAGCAGAAUGCAGCUGCCUUCGGUGGAGACCCUACUCGGAUAACCCUUUUUGGUGUGAGUGCUGGGGGAGCCUCUGUUGCAUUUCACCUCCUCUCGCCAGGGAGCCAGCCUCUUUUCCAUCGUGCUGUGCUAGAGAGUGGAACCUCCGUCGCGGCCUGGGCUUGGCUGAAUCCUGAGGAGGCCAGGAGAAGAAGUCAGAAGCUGGCCAAGAUGAUGGGCUGUGCUCAAGAAGAGGUCCCUGCUUUGGUGAGUUGCUUGCAGGGAAAGAACGCAUCACAGUUCCAAACCACCCAGUUCCUGGUUGUGGACCCCACGGUGGUUCUGAAUCCACCCUUUGCACCAACAACGGAUGGGGAAUUCCUCACCGAUGAGCCGCGGAAGCUUCUAGAAUCCAAGAACUUCACGGCUAAGCCUAUCGUGAUUGGUACCACCUCCGACGAAGGGUCUAUCCUCGUCUUAUAUGCAAGCCUUUUUUUGAACACGACCAAAGACUGCCUUUUGACCCAGGAGCAACUGUUGAAGGGGCUGCAGAUCACCGUCCGCAACGCAACCAGCGACCUCAUCAAAGCUGCAGCUGAGAGGUACAGUCAGGCAGAACCCGAAGGCCCAGCAAGGUACCGUUCAGCCAUGGUGAAAGCCUGCGGCGAUUACCUUUUCGUCUGCCCAGUCACGGAUGUCGCCACAGCAGUGACAGAGGCUGGAAGCCCUGUGUACGUCUAUACAUUCCGCCACCGCAGCACUGGCUCUGUUUGGCCUGAAUGGCUGGGGGCCAGCCACGGAGCUGAGGUCCCGUAUGUUUUCGGAACUUUGACUCUGUUGAAAGGAACCAAGGAAAACCACACAAAGGCAGAGUUGGAGCUUAUCUCCCGUGUCAUGCGCUACUGGGCGGAGUUUGCCCGAAGCGGCAACCCGACUCCUUCCGAUGUCAACGAAACAAAAUGGCCCGUCUACGACCCGGCACAGCAGAACUUCUUCGUCCUCAGCACGGAGCCACCCCGUGUGAUGGAGCCAUCGCCGGCUCAGCAAUGCAGUUUUUGGAAGACACUCCCAUCAGGGGCAUCAAAGCCAGGUGAGUGGAAAGGGGGAACAAACAGGGCCAAAUGCUUUCCUUGCAAUGGUCACCUGUCAUGGAUGCUUUAGCUGAGAUUCCUGCAUUGCAGGGGGUUGGACUAGAUCACCCUCAGAUCCCUUCCAGCUCUGUAAUACUAAUAAAUGUCCCCCACCACCAUUCAGGCAUGGCUUUUUCCAGUUAAAACACAGUGAUUUGGGUUUUACAUGAACAAGUUUCUCACUCGCGCACAUAUUCGCUUGGGAAGCUCAUUCUCACCUCAGAUAUCUCUUGAAGGUCUUUUGUUUAUGCUGACAGGCUUAUUCAAUUGCUUGCAGUCAUUUUUAUAUUUAUUUUGCAUUGCUUUAUGUGCAUUUUAUUCUAUUUCAUCAUCAUC